GACACGCGUAACUUGCGGAUUCCUAGCCCUUUCCUCCCUGAUCCACCUUUUGCGACUCCACUACGGCCCAGUGUUUUAUCCGGCGACGUAAUCAGUCUCGUAAUUAACCGCGGCCGAGUCCGAUGCGUCUCCGGUGAUUCAAAACAAGCAGUGUCUUUUUGAAAACAUAGCCGAUGUGUUCGUUUCAAACGUCUAAUUAGUCCCCGAGAGCGAAUGGAAUCCGAAAUCGCGAUCGCGAGGCAGUAUUUUUGUGCCGUGUCGGAUCAGGGGUUGGAAAAGGUGGUCGAACGAUGACGGGGGUUUCCGGAAGCAAGUGGAGCGACAAAGGGAAAGUCUUAAAUAAAUAAAAUCGAUAAGGCGAGACAUCGUAUCCUAGGAGAAGAAGAAGAAGAAGAAGAAGAACGUAGAGAAGCGGCCGGAGAGGGACAAGCUCAUGAAUAAGCAGUGCUCACGGGGGUGUGCGCCGCGUGAUUUCGCGUGGGACUGUUGGCGGUAGACCAGCCGGCGAACGUUUAUUUCGCAACCUUUGCCUCUUCCAUCCCUGAAUCCGUUCCUCUCCCUCACGGGCGAUCUCUUCGUCCCACCGCGGUGGAUGCCAAUAACGACGUUAUCCCGCGCGCGACGCUGCCGCUGGUUUCCGUAGAAACCCCGCGUCGCAGAACCCCACUUCGUAUCCACGUGAUCCACGAGCGGGCCAAUGGUUGGACCGAGUCCCGCGAACGGAUGCUGGACGAGGGAUGCAAAAGGCGGGGUUGCGAUCAGCGUGGGGAUGAAAGCUCGACGAUAGAGGCGGGGGUCGAAAAGCUUGGCGAAGUCACGUGUGCGCCCGACGCCAGAAGCCUCGUUCGUGCUUUAACGUCGUUGUUACUCGCACGACCGUACCCGCUUUUUGGGGCCCGACCACGGCGUUACCGCGAUUGAUAACGAUAAAGACCGAAGACGUGAUCGGGGACCUUCUCAUCUGUUCCGGACCUUUAGAUCUACGCGGCAGAUCGUCAACGAGCGUUCGGUAGAUAUCCGCGGUUUGUGUGACGCUUGGAUCUUUUCCUGAUUCAUAAUCGCGAGUGAUAAAACGAGAGUGAAGUUUUAUCAAUGACGAUCUGGGAUCGAGAUCCUUGACGAUCCAGUUUGUGAUUACUUUUACAGAAGAGGGAGAAUCGUAUACGGUGAAGUGGAAACUGUGUUAACUGUAUGACAAUCCGCCGUGACAAGCUGAGAACUGAGCCAUCGUAGACCGAAACGACGAAACGAGAACGUUGUCCGAUAUCAAACGAGAACCUAGUUCGGUACCAAAGGAUGAGGCCCGGAAACCCUUUCGGGGACCCGACCGGUCCUUUAUUGUGGAUACCGCGCGAGUGUAGUUCAGUGAUGCCGCGGGUGCAGUGAGGGGAAUCCGAGGAGGCCGUGGGUGUCCCUUGGAUCGAGUUUUAGCCAGGGACUCAGGAAAAUGAAGCGACGGCCGACCGGGUGCUCGAAGCCACCCGUUGUCCGGCACAAAGGCGCUCCUGAUGACAGUCAUUGUACCGCGGCACCAUAGACUGGUCCACGGAGGUUGCCGUUAAAAAAGGAGACGAUAGCUAGGCGUCAUCGUCAAUAGAAGCGACCGCUGUUUCACACGUUACACGCGCGAAUCUACGAACGGCUAGAGGAACCACCUGGAUUCCCACAGCCGACGGCCGUCGGCCAGCGAGGGGCCGCGAUGGACCUCAGCACUGCCUAUCGCUACAAUCAGAAUAUGAUGGAAUAUUACACCUGCCACGGCGGAGUUAACCAGCUCGGCGGCGUCUUCGUGAACGGAAGGCCGCUACCGGAUGUAGUCAGGCAAAGGAUCGUCGAGCUAGCGCACAGCGGCGUCCGACCGUGCGACAUUUCCAGACAACUCAGGGUAUCUCACGGCUGUGUAUCCAAGAUACUGUCGAGGUAUUACGAAACCGGCAGCUUCAAGGCUGGAGUCAUAGGCGGGUCCAAGCCUAAGGUAGCGACGCCGCCGGUCGUCGAGGCGAUCGCUAAUUACAAGAGGGAUAAUCCGACGAUGUUCGCGUGGGAGAUCAGGGACCGAUUACUCGCCGAGGGCAUUUGCUCGCAGGACAACGUGCCAUCCGUGUCCUCUAUCAACCGAAUCGUGAGGAACAAAGCGGCGGAGAAGGCGAAGCACGCGCACCAGCAACAGCAGGCGCAGCAGCAGCAAGGCCAGCAACAAGGUCAGCCGGGAUCGGGCGGUUCCGUGUCGGUGAUAGCCCAUGCACCUGCAACGGCAGCGGGUCACCCGGCGGCGACCGCUCCCAACGCUUACAGCAUCAGCGGCAUCCUGGGAAUCCCGGCGCACCAUCAGGACCCGAACGGCAACAGUAUCAAGAGAAAACGCACCGACGACGACGACAACCGAGACCUGAACGACCACCCCGAGGAGGACUUAAAGAGACAGAGAAGCAACUACAACGGCGACCAACUGUACUCGAACCUGUGGUCGAGUAAAUGGAGCAUCAAGGACGAGCACAAACUCCUGAGCGAGCUCGGCGGCGGCGGUGCGAGCGGCGGUAACACGAACGGCUCUGGAACCGGCGGUGGAACCGGCGGCAAUACGAACGGCUCUGGAACCGGCGGAGGUGGUGGAGGCGGAGGUUACUACGAACACGGAGGAUUCCCCGGGAACGCGAUUGCCACCUCCGCCGAGCUGUACGACUCCCUGGGCACCAUCAGCACGAUGACGCAAGCGCAAACUCCUCAUCUGUACACCCCGCCCAUAGGGGGCACCAUAGCAGGUGGUACUUUGACGCCGCUCGCUCCACUGACGAUGCAAGAACUAAAAUUGAGCCAAACAUUGGACGGGGCUAACAUGUCUCCUUACCACACCACCGCAGAGAGCAGUACCGUGGCAGUUUCGUAUGUCGGGGUGGGGGCCGGCGGGGGCGAGCAGAGUCCCCCGAUUUCGUUGCAGAACGAGACAAACGCCACCCCCGCGGCCCCCAACACUCCCGGAGGGGAUCCCGGACUGACGGUCUUGCAGCCGCCAGUUUCUCAGCCCCAGGUAGCGUCUGCGAUACCACCGUACUCGACGAUGCUCCCCAGUUUCGGACACUACGCUACCGGUGGUGGCGACUACGCGUACAGCGCGGCGUACUCUCAAUACUCGAGCGCGCCGUACAGCGGAUACGGGUAUGGAGCAGCGACAAGCGGGUUGCUCAACUCGACGUACUAUUACUGCAACGGGGACACGCUGGCGUCUUCCCAUACGAAUUCGCAGCAGGGCGGCGGAUGUAACAACGCAGGGCCAGAGAACAGCACGGACGUGGCGAGUCGCUCGCCUUUGGCGGCGACUAGGGCGAGUAGCGGCGCGAGCGCAGCUUCGCCUACCGGAAGCGCGUGCACGAAGCCAGAUCACGCUUCCACGCCGACGGAUCUUUAUCUCGCCUGAUCAAUCGGUGGUACAGGAGACCGACUUCGGGCAGAGCAGUCUUCCUGGAGUUGGGGAUUGCGACCAACGAGUUCGGACGCCAUAUCACGAGGAGCCACGCUGUAAUUAAGCAAUGAUCUCUUUUCUAAUUGCGUGAAACGUGGACGGUCAUCAUCACGAUAUGAUCGCGACAGUGGUAAUGGGAGGAAACAUUACGGAGAAUACGCAAAAAUCGUGGCCAGACACGCGUACACAACAUUGUAUCGUAAAACGACUACGCAACGCUUCCGGAAGUUCUCGUCGAAGAUCGUGGAAGGAUAGGAAGAAAUCGAGGAUGGUUGAACCAUCGGAUAAUCAACAUUGUUUUACAAGCGCUCAGUGAAACGACGCGGGCGAACGUCGGACACUGUCGACGAUCGCGACAAGGUUUUGCGUGCGUUGAGAUUAGAAGGUCGUUACCUGUCUGACUCUCCGUGUCGGGUAGAAACUGUAGCUCCGAUGGGAAACGGGAUGGCACGACUCGACGAGUGUCUGGUCCAGCGACAUUGAAAGGGCCACGCCGUCGAUUCCUGCGAACAGGCGAACCAGCCUGCGAGCGUUACCCGACGGUGUUCGGUUCCUCGUGUAGAGCGCGCAUAAUCGUAGGUAGUUUAAUUUAACGAUCCUCAGUUAGCAUAAUUUCUACACAAUCGCGAUCGGUCGUCACUCCAAAUGUUCCCCUGUACUACGCUGGUUACAACGCACGCGGCUGGGCACAUUUGUUGUGGCCGACGUUAGAAACUGUAAAUAUAUAUAAAGCAAAGAAAAAAAAAUUAUACAUAAUUAUAUAUAUAUUACCGGUGUAAAACAGAGGCAGAGAGUCAACCGGCCGAUAAGGCACGUUCUUUUUCCCCAAUUAAGCACGACGAUAACACACCCCCAGCCCCUAACGAUACAAGUGCAUAAAUAUAUUAUAGUAGCUAUACGGAUAAGUUUAUUGAGAUUUUUCAAAUCAGGAAUCGACGUAACGAUCAUUACUGUUAAGGAUAUUAUAUAUAUUUUUUGUAGAAACCAAAGACCACAGACGGAUUGCCGAAAUAAGAAUUGCGUGCGUCCCGUAGCUAAGGUACGGCAACAAUACGGCAGCAGAGAGUUUUAUGGCGAGAAGAGAAUGCGACUUUUUAGAUUGUAAAUCGUGCGUAAGUGUUUGCGAGCAACGUGCAGGAUCGACGUACUUAGUGUGCAUGUACAAAACGAUGCGAGAUCGGGAAAGCGUGAAAGGCGAAGCGUACUUACCGUUGUGGCCGAUUCUCGCCGAUGGUGACGUCGUCUAGGACGAUGUCACCGUCGAAGAAAAUCGUCGAAAUUCCACACGGAUCAUCGUGAAACACGUCACUUUUUGCCGAACCAGACACACUUCCUUGACGGUUUCUCGCAUCCCGAACAGCGGCGUCACGAAUUUUCGCGCACUACAACGGCGUGAAUAGCCUAGCUUCCGGCAUCGCGUCGAGCGGAACGUUGAAAGAAACGUAUCACGAGACUGUAAUUAACGUCUGAGCGCGGCCACUUUAAUUAGAAGUUACGUGUUAGCAAUUUCUUUGCCGGUUAACGGAAAAGAAUGGUAAUUCGUAACCUUAAUAAGGAAAUUUACGCGCCUGUGUCCACCGCCAUGACAGCGCAAACUCUACUGGACGACGCAGGCGCGCCUCAGUCGCUAUCGCCGCGCGAGUAUGCGACUUUAUUCGAAUUUACAAUUUUAUCAAUUUAUUUAUUACUCUCUUUUAAUAUCGCGAUUGCUGCGCGAACAAGUUUUCAUUUUAAUUAAUGGGUUAUCCGCUCCUCGAGAAAAGUGCAAUGAACAUGUCAAAGCGUUUUAAUUAAUUAUUCACGUAAAUAUACCCGUCUCGCUUGAGAACCUACCGUGAAAUGGGUUUCCUAGCACGAUUUCGCUCGCAUCACAGUUAUCUCAUAAUUAACGAAUUAUGUUCUCCAGCAUGAUUCGCGCGCUGUUAGAUCGCUUCCUGUUAUAUUUAUUAUUUCAUUUACCGUGUUCUUUUAAAACUUGACUUUCGGAAUAUGUUUAUUUGAAUCUCCAGCGGAUUCGUACGAUUUAUCCGUCUUUAAACUGUUAUUGAUUUUAUAGAAACGAUUACCGUUACGGUCGAUCCGAGACGAUGCUCGCAACAGAUUCUCAGAUUGUUCAUCGAUCCGAACGUCAGACGAACUUGACUUAUUCAAUUCUCGAAUUUUUUAUUUGUUACAUGUGUACGUGAAGUAAAUUCGUUCUGACGUUCAUUGCGAAUUGUAAUUGACUAAUGCGUACUGUUAUUCCAUUUGCUAUAACGACGAUGAUUACGAAUUUUUCUUUUUAUUAUUUUUUAUUCUACUCCGCUAUUAUCGCUACAUUUCCCUUCCAUUAUUCUCAUGUUUAUUAUUAUUAUUAUUAAUUAUUCUAAUUAUUCUUCUAUUAUUAUCAUCACAUUAUUAUUACCAUUAUUUAAUGCCUUUAUUAUUUAUUAAUUAGUGACGACGACGACCUAUGUGUAAUAAGUUUUGCCAAAGAAAUCUGUCGAACGAUAGAGGUAGAGAAAGGGAGUGAGCAAUAUCGCGGUAACGUUUCAAACUUCUAUAAGAUGCAACUGUUUUUAGAAAAAAGUAUAAAAAGGGAAAUGCACACGAUAUGAUAAUAUCGAAAUGAGAAAUGCGCCGCAACAGGUAUAACUUCAUCGCGCAGCAUUCAAACGAAAUCGUAUUCUCAUCGUCAGUAUCAGAUACGUACUUGUUAUGAAAAAUCGAGGCUUGAAUGCUGCGAGGAUUUCUCGAUUCGAACAACAAACGAUUCUGUCUAUUUCAUUGUUGUUAUUUUCUUACCAUUUUCUUUCAUUUCGCUAUCGUUUCGUCACCGUGUGAUAUUCUUGUUCCGUGCGCCGCUCUUGCCGAGUCUCGCUGUUGAUACUUGCAAACAGAACUCUGUACAUCCUUUUUAAAUAAAUAUGAGGUUUAUAUGAAA